UCUUGAAUUUUGGCUGUCGGCAUCUCGGAAUCGAAGUCUGAAACCUCCCAUCUGCGCGAAGAAACCAUGGCUCGCCGUCCAUUCAAUCUCGUCAUCUGGCUUCUCAGCAAGUAUUCGGGCAGCCUUGCAAGCGUUCAGCCACUCCUCGGCAGCGACACCGCAGAGCAGCUCUGGGGCGAUGAGUGUGACCAGCAUCCACCGCAACUUGAUCCCCAGCUGGUAAAAGAAUUUGUUGAUCUGCUGACGUACGCUGCGAGGACGGCAUUGAUGCGGAAUGGGUAGGUGUUGG